AGUUAGCAAGUGUGGACACACUGGAGAAAUUUUAGCUGUGAAAAGUAUUUUGCGGAAAUAGAUUUGAAAAAUUCAAUAUUUCGAAGCUAUUUCGGCGCUACUAUCCAUCGUUUGUAGCAUACUCAGGAGCAGCGCAACAAUAUAAAACAGAAAAAUGGCCGAUGUCAUGAAUAUCGACAGCAUAAUAUCACGUCUUCUGGAGGUGCGUGGGGCACGGCCAGGCAAAAACGUUCAGCUCUCUGAGGGCGAAAUUCGUGGGCUGUGCCUGAAGUCGCGCGAGAUAUUCCUCUCGCAGCCCAUUCUGCUGGAGUUGGAGGCCCCGCUGAAGAUUUGCGGCGAUAUUCACGGUCAAUAUUACGACUUGCUGCGACUGUUCGAAUAUGGUGGCUUUCCGCCGGAGUCAAAUUACUUGUUUUUGGGCGACUACGUUGACCGUGGCAAACAAUCGCUGGAAACCAUCUGUCUGCUUCUGGCCUAUAAGAUCAAAUAUUCGGAGAACUUCUUCUUGCUGCGCGGCAACCAUGAGUGCGCCAGCAUAAACCGCAUCUAUGGCUUCUACGACGAGUGCAAGCGCCGCUACAGCAUCAAGCUUUGGAAGACCUUUACGGACUGCUUCAAUUGUCUUCCCGUGGCGGCCAUUGUUGACGAGAAGAUCUUCUGUUGCCAUGGCGGUCUGAGCCCGGAUUUGACUUCGAUGGAGCAAAUCCGACGCAUUAUGCGCCCCACCGACGUCCCGGAUCAGGGUCUGCUCUGCGAUCUGCUGUGGUCCGAUCCGGACAAGGACACCAUGGGAUGGGGAGAGAACGAUCGCGGCGUGAGCUUCACAUUCGGAGCCGAAGUGGUGGCUAAAUUCUUGCAGAAGCACGAGUUCGAUCUCAUCUGCCGUGCCCAUCAGGUGGUCGAGGAUGGCUACGAGUUCUUUGCGAAGAGACAACUGGUCACCCUGUUCUCGGCACCCAACUACUGCGGUGAAUUCGACAAUGCUGGCGCCAUGAUGUCCGUGGACGACACACUGAUGUGCUCGUUCCAGAUCUUGAAGCCAGCAGACAAACGUAAAAAGUAAUAUCAUUUAAACCCAAAAAAUCCUUUUCUAUACAAAAAACAAAAGAAACAACCCAAGAGAAAAUAAAAAUGCUUAGAACACAUCGGAUCGUGGAUUGAACCAGGCCAAGUCGAAUUCUACAAACAACAACUACAUACCAACACACCUGCUGAGGGAAAGCGCCCCUCCUAGCAUCGAACACCCACACAUAAAAACAAAGUCCAAUUAAAAGCAAACAUAUUUAUUUUAAAAAUCCAAUCCCAUAUGCAUAUAUAUAUCGGGAGCAGACGUUUCACUUACGUUUAUACACACACAUGCAGAUAUAACACUAGGUAAACAGGUUCGAAGAGGAGCAGAGGAGAGCACCCAGCAAAAAUAGGAACAUAUUUGACAUAGAAAUACGGAAAAAACGGCUGGAAUUCAGUUGGUCGGAAGAAAAACAUAUACAUAGAAAAGGGGCCCCUGUAAAGCUCUUUGGCCUUAAAACAUUAAACAAAAGAAGAAAAAAAUUGAAAAAAGGGAAAAUGAUAAAAAAAGAGAAGAACGCUUGCCAAGAAAGUGAAACGAAAACACUUAGUUUUUGACCUUCAAAUUGAAACAAGAAAAUCAGUUUUUUUUUUUCGUCCACCACCCCUGCAGCAUGAUGAAAUGAUAAGGGACGCCGCCAUGCACUACGACGUCAAUACAAAAUCAAUAAAAAUUAUUUUGCAUCUACUUCCGUUCGCCCCCUCAGUGUUUUUGCUGCAGUCCAACACGAACCAUUCUCUUAUCAUUUUAAAGAUGUGUUUUUUAAAAUUAACUAUUAUUAAUAUGUAUUAUGAAACCGAUUUCAAUAAAUAUUUGAAAAAUCCAUAAAAUAA